AUGGAAACCUGGGCAAGUCAACACUCCGGCCCCAGCGCCACACAAGAUUCAGGAACGCCUCGACUCGUGUGGCUUCUCGCCUCCGCUGUGGAGACAAUUGUCCAGCAGAACGAAAGGGUAAUCCUUCUUGCCAGGGGUUCGAGAAAGAAAGACGAAGUCACCAUCUUCCACGGAUCAAAAUCGCCAACACUGACCAUCAGGCAGUACCUGGAGCGCGUGUUCAAGUACGCGAAAUGCAGCACGUCUUGCUUCGUUGUUGCAUACAUCUACCUGGAGAGAUAUCUGCAGAGAAGAAGGGGCAAUCGGCUGACUCUACUGAACGUCCAUCGACUUCUGAUCACCAGCAUCCUGGUGGCCGCCAAGUUCAUGGAUGACGAGUGUUACAGCAAUGGCUACUAUGCGAAAGUGGGAGGAGUCAGCACAGCAGAAUUGAACAAAAUGGAGUUGGAGUUCUUGUUCCACCUGGAUUUCAGACUCAAUGUCACAGUGGAAUGUUACAGGAGCUACUGCUGUAGGUUAGAGAGGGAAAAAAGUGGAAGAAGAUAUUACAAGAUAGAACAGCCGUUUCAUCCCUAGAAAAGCUGAGAGCAGAGCAUUUGGCUGUGCUUUUGAACAAAUCAUCUUCUUAAAAACCCCUUGUGCACAUAACCAGCAACCACUGCUGUCCAUUUUGCACAAAACCAGCACGCAUUGCUGUCCAAGAAACAAUGUUUCUAGCACCCAUUAGACUGAACAAUUUCUGGUUCUGCAUACUGAUUAUAUCGCCAGCCUGGGCAUACAUGGAAACUAAAGAACUCUGUACAAAAACAUCUACAUCAAACCCACUUUUAACAAUGUUGCAGUGAACUUUAGUCCCUUCCCGUAGCGCAGAUGUACCUGCAGAUGACCUAAUCACAAAAGGGAAAGUAUAGUGGUCUGGUAGCAACCUACUAUAGUGCAUGCUUCUGUAAAGAAUUAU